UCACACUGAACCCGCCCCGUUAUUUAUCGCUGCAGUUUUAUUUCUCGGUCGGGCAGAUCGUUCGGGUCGGAUCGGAAAGGCCGAUUUGGAGUUGAAAUAAAGAAAAACGGGGUUUGGGAUAAAAAGAAUCUUGUUCUGGUCAUGAUUUUUUUGCAACCCGCGAAUUGUCAACUUGUGUUGAGCACUUAGUUGUUGUCCGCGCCUUACAAACAACACCAGUAACGAUCGUGAAAGAGAGGGAUAGUUGCAAACAAUGCGUACGUGCGCAUGUGUAUGCGAAUGUGUGUGAGAGACAUUCCGCAAGUGAUUCAUUCCGCAAAAAAAUAAAUAAAUAAAGCAAGCGGUGCACAAACUAAGGCGAAAUGUUUGUGGAAAUGUGUCAACAAGUUGCGGCCGUAAAAUAUAAGUGCAAUAUCAACAUGUGUGGGAAAUCGCUUUAAAUUGUGUAAAAACUCUACUUUUCGCCCACCACUCUUUCUCUCUUUCCAUCUCUGUCCCUCUUUGUUUUCGUUUUUUUUCUUGUUGUUCUGUGUGUGUGUUGUGAAUAAAUAACAAAGUUAAGUUAAGUUAACCACGCAUAAAUUGCAUACGAAAUUUUGGACAAGGAAAAAGCGAAAGAUUCCGUCAUGGAGCAGGCUCGCCCUGUACCCGCUCCUCGUCGCCUCUAUCCAGAGCUACGUCCCGCUAACUACGAAAAUAUUGAAAUCCGAGCACCAAAUAGUGGAGCCAAUAAUAUCAACAAUAAUAACAUCAAGAAGCUCAACAUAAAUGCAGAGAAUCUUCACGGAAAUUGUGCGGAGAAGAAGUUGCCUUCAAGUGGGCAAAACAAGUUGAUUCUGCAGGAGAAUAAUUCCGAUAGUCAGCAACCGAUUUACGGCCCCGAUGCCAAUGAGAAUGUCCAAGAGCCUGUGUAUGCGAUACCCAGACCAGCUCCGCGCCAGCGAAUGCCGCAAACAGAGGACCAAGAGGAUCAGGAUCCAGAUCACGAGGACGAGGUGCCACUGAGGAUUCUGCGAGCGGCCCCACAAGUGCCGCCCAAGCCACUUAACAUCCUGCCCGACCAGCGAAAUUCAAUCUGCAGCGAGGUGUCCACCACCAGUGUCCAGACCCGUGGAAAAACUGACGAGGAUCGAGAGGGAUCGCGGUACGCAUCCAACGUUUCGCUGGACUGCAGCGAGAGCUCUCACAGCGGCAAGUUCAAGUCGCAGUCACCCGGGUACGUAGACGCCAUCGAUUCAUCCAUACCGCAAUCGCAAUCGCAAUCCCCAUCGCCGGAUCCAAACGGGGACGAUCCGAAGGCAGGUUCUUCCGCAGAACAGUCCUCCAGCAGCCAAGAAGACGAUGAUGACAACAAUCUACUGCGAUCCUUAGGCACUACUUCCAAGCUUCUAGGAGAAGCCAUCGGCGAGCGGAUCACCUUCAAGGCCAAGGGAGCUAAGAAACGCCUAGAUAGAAACCUGAAGAGCUCUACUGAGGCAAUCAGUAACAUGGGCGCGGAUGCUGGUCGGAGUUUGAAGCACGCCGGCAAAAAAUUCGGCUCGAAUUUCAGCCUAGGCAGAAACAAGGAAAAGGACGAAGUCGGCGGAAAGACAGGAGGAUCGGGAGAAAUGGAUCUGGAUAGACGACAAACAAUGCCCAACACAGAGGUCUUCAGUUCGAUCCAGUUUUCGAGUCCACUUAACCGAAACGGAGGUCUUUCGGAUCUGCGUGAGAACGAUGCGAAGUUGCAAAAGGAGGAGGAACUGCGAAAGGAGCAGGAGGACGACGGAUGCUACGAGGUGCCCAAAACGCAGGGCAAGCCGCCCAGCUACGACGAGGCGCUGCGGUCACGCCCCUCGCCCAGUGCCUCACCGAUGGCCAGGAAUCUCGCCCAGGAGGCCUCCCAGCUGGUUCAGUUGCGCAAUCAGCGGCAACUCAGCACUAGCUCCUCGAACAGUGAAGAUUCGCCUCGCCUGCCCAUGCCAGCUUUUCCACCACCCCGCCUUUCCCAGCAGCCGGAGCAGUUCCGUCUGGAUGCACUGCAGCCGCCGGUGCGCCAAAAGCGACGAAAGAACUACGAACACAUCGAGCUGCGGCGUCCACCCGUCGACUCCGCUCAGCUGGAGGAACUCAACAGGGCAGCAGCGGCUGCAGAGCGUGAGGAAUCCCUACUGAUCUCUACUAAGAAUGCUGAGGCGGAAGCCAAGACACCCAAACCAGAACGCAGCGAUUCUUGGGAGUUUUACGGUGAAGACGAGUCCGAGGAGGAGGAGGAACAGGAGGACAACUCUUCACCGGAACCGGUUUACGCCAACCAGGAGGCCACCUACGGCAAGCUUUUUGAAAUGGCCACCGCGGGAAGUAGUCGGAGCAACGUGCUGACACCAAACCAGGUGGCGGAACAACAGCAGCAGCUGGCAUGCAUCACCGAGGAUGCAGAGUUGGAUGGCGGCGAAGGAGCGGUGGGCGGUGUUCCACUGCCGCAGGCUCUGAUCGAGGAAUUCGACCCGCUUUGCAGUAAGAGUUCCACUUUGGCCAGGUCCAACAAAAGCAACGAGCUGCUGUUGCUCGAGCAUCUGCUCGAGGAAGACACUUAUGGCACGGUGAAGGCGGAGCAGGACGAUGUGAGCAUGUGCACUUCCGAAGAGGAGCCCACGACGAGUGGCGCCACGACAACAAAGCCCCAACAGCCGCAGAUAGUGCAUCAGAAUGCCCAUCUCCUCAGCGACAGCAUGGAGAACAUGUUGGAUUCCGACCAGGAGCGGAUCAGGGACGAGGAGCGAGUAAAGCCCUAUCUCAGUCGAAUGCCGGAUUCGACGAACAAAGGAGGGCCAGUCGACUUGGCCAGUGCCUCGAGGAAUCGCACCAAUUGGUUUGUGCCAGAUAAGGCGGGAGGAUCGGAUGCAUCAUCGUCCAGUGCCGCCAAAACCCUGUCGCCCAUCGAAGGCGACAGUCCACCAACUUACUUGGAAGCCAUUGGUGGCAACAAGGAUGCCGCCAACAGUCAAGAGAAUCGCUCCACCAUUGGCUCCCGCUUCCGUCAAACUAUGAACGCCAUUUCUAAUGUAAAACUACGCAUGGAUGCAAUGAAGCGAAAGGCCAGCUUCCGGGGAGCCAAUCAACGGCAGUCAGACGUCAGGGUGGCCCUGCAAAUGGUGCCCAGACCGAGUCUAUCGCCCCUACUAGUCCGCUACGAAGGUCCACUGGUACGUUUCCCAUCCGGUGUCGUGGAGGACAUACUCAAGGAGAUGCAGAACCGCAAGGCCAUACUCAGGGAGCGUCAGUUUCAGACGUUCCUCGACCAGGAGAUGAAGACGCCCAGGGAGGUGAUACCCCUGGACACGAUCACCACACUGCAAUGUGUGAGCAACAGUCGCGUCACGGACACGGCCACCCAUUUCUAUUGCUUUGAGAUCACCACAUCACAGCCAAAGAAUGGAAAUGGAGCUAGCGAUACUAUGUCAUCGAAUCCCAAUCUCCUGAUGACCAGCAAUUCAUCGGGUAAUGUAAAGCAGCAGCGGGUAUCGCACCUCUACGGUGUGGGCAAGGAGUCGGAGCGUGGCGUCUGGAUGGCAAAGAUUCUCGAGAGCUUGACCAACAGCCUGCCUGUGAAGUACACCUGUCACUAUUAUCGUGCUGGUUGGUGUUACCUUAAGAACUCAAUCACCUCGGAAUGGAGUGGCACUUGGUUAGUACUUCGCAAGAACCAGCGUCGUCUGAUCUUCGUGAGCGAGGCCAAUGGCAAUGUGGAGAAGAUGGACCUACGCAAAGCCCGCUGUAUUGUGCUAAAGGAGAGUGACGAAUCCAUUGACAAUCUACACGUGGAGAGCGGUCCCAUGCUAAUGAUCGACUGUCCGCCGUAUGCGGUCUAUAUGAUAAUGAGUUCCGCCCGAGAGACGAAGAUCUGGCGACAUAUCAUACGAGAAGUGGCCCACAACAAUGGUUUCUCGCUGGGCGAUCAGCAGCUAACGCGCUAUGAUGUGCCCGUAAUUGUGGAUAAAUGCAUUAACUUUGUGUACAUCCACGGAUCCAUGUCGGAGGGUAUAUAUCGCAAGUCCGGUUCGGAGAACUCUAUGCACAAACUGAUGAGCGCCUUCCGCGCAGACGCCUUCAAUGUUGAGAUCACUCGUAAUGAGUACAACGAGCACGACGUGGCCAAUGUCCUAAAGCGCUUUAUGCGGGAUUUACCCGAACGAUUGCUGGGCAAGCUCACGGACAGCUUUGUUUUUGUCACGGAACUGGCGGUGGCCACUGAAAAGAUUCCCAUCUACCGGGAACUACUUGGAAGACUCUCAGCUAUCGAGCGCGAAACUCUGCGUCGGAUUGUUGGUCACCUGGUGUUUAUCAGCUCCCAGCAGGCCAAGAACAAGAUGAGUGUCCAAAACCUGACCAUGAUCUGGGGUCCCACGUUGCUUGCUAAGAAGAGCGAUGAGUUAAUCUACUCGCAAAAGGAGGCUGAUGUGCUUAGCGAUCUGAUUGUCCUCUACAAGAAUCUAUUCCCCUGCAGUGCAGAUGAAAUAAAACGGGAGCAGGCCAUGCUGGCAUGUCUGCAGAAGUAUUACGCGGCCGCCGAAACUCUUAAGGAUGCGGUGAAGCAAUCUGGGGAUAUAAAGAUCUGGAUCAGUCUGAAUCCUAAUCCUGACAACAAAACAGAGGAGAAGACGCAAGUUAAUGCCACCAUUUCGCCGACUAAGACUGCCUACGAGUUAUGUCGCGAGUACUCUGUCAAGAUGCAGCUGCCCACCCACCAGUUGACACUGUACGAGGUGAUCCUUAACGACAGCCUGGAACGUCCGCUGCACCACGACACCAAGGUGUUUGAUGUGAUUCUGAAUUGGUCCUAUUGGCCGGAGGAGGAUCGCAAACAUAAUUACCUAGUGGUGCGACCAAUUGAGAUGCUGCGCGAGAUCCAGAGAGCUGUAAAGAAUCUGGCCACCGUAACACCCGGCAAGGAGCUGCGAUUCGCAGAUUCACGAACGAAAACCUUCAAAACCCUGCAGUGCGAGCUGCGGGACGGAAAGAUUGUGGUGUCCAAAAAGGACAAGAACGACAAGACGACAAUUGUGCGGGAGGUCUUCCUACAGAGCAGCACGGCGUAUUUGGGCUGCGAACGCAAGCGGGACUUUCCUUGGAGUUGGGCCAUCACAUUUGUGGAGCGCACGCAGGCGCAGAUCAUGAGAUCGCGCGAUGCUCCGUUUAUUGGCCACGUCCUGGCGGGCAGCGAAUGGGUCGACCGAACCAUCUGGUACUCCAGCAUCUGGUAUAGCUUGUACAGGGACAACAUCCUGCCGCCCGCGGAGAUCAUCAUCAAGUAAAUGUAGGUCUUCUCGCAGCUGCCAAACAUAGCUUUUAACGCUGUCUUGUGCAUUUUUCUGUAGAUAUUCUGAAUUUAUUUGCAAUAACUAGGGAAUAUAAACAUUUAGAGAUAUUUUUAUGAAACUUUUCGAUAGUUUUUCCAAUAUUUCGAAUAGGCUAGGCAACAAUUAUUUUUUUUUACACAUUUUCUGUAAAUAAUCAUGAUCACUCAGCAACCAAAUUGUACAUAAGUUAAGCGAAAUUUAUUGUGUAUAAUUAAUUAUAUGCCAUUUGUCUUCAGCAUAGGUUAUUUUUUGAAAUAUCUAGGGUCUUACUAGACAUUUCGAGCUAACUAGUAAUUAGGCACGGCCACGCAGAACAUCAAAUCUUAGCUUAGUUAAUGAUUUCGUAAUAUAUUUAAUGUUAUUUUACACGUAUCCGUUUCAAAUGGUUUUGCAUUUAGGUAUUCUUUCUUUACAUUUAAACCAAUUCAUUAGACGACGCAGGGUUUAAUAGAAAAAAUCACAUUUUUAUUUAAAUAUUUCAAUAUAAACUAUCAAAUUCUCUUAUCCAUCAACUGGCCAAAAUAUUAAUAACUUGUAAAUGACGAACAGCUUCAGGGUUUUGCUUUAUUUGUAGAGCAACAGCCAUAUAACAAAUAUAAACCGAACUUAAACUUUAAAA